AUGUCCGAGGAAGACGAUCUUGAUGAUCUCGAUGAUUUCCUCGAUGAUUUCCAAGAUGAACUGCUAGAGGAUGCUCAGAAGAAAGAAGCAGAGUCCAAGAAAGAAGUAGAGACCAAAGAAGCUACCCCAGAUGGCGAGAAUCAGAAUGCCAGUGACACAUCCAACAUAGAGUUGGAGUUGCAGAAGCAAUUCGAGCAGUUGCUCAUAGACAUGUCAAUGAAUGACCCGAAAACUUCUGACGAUCUCAAAUCUGUGAUGGAUGACCUGAAAUCUGAAGCCAACGAUAAGAAGGCGGGAGGUUCCAACUUCCAGAACGCGAUCUCUGAGACAAUAUCUAGACUCAAGACCAGUGGCGAACAAGUCGAUCAGCAGAUCAAACAGGAGCAACCCGAUGAGCUUCUGACUCAAUUGCUUUCGUCUCUAGGAGGCGGUGAUCCUUCUGGGCUAUUAGGAGGCUCUGACGAUAUCUCCAAACUAUUGGUUGAGAUGCUAGAUCAACUGAGCUCCAAAAAAGUGCUAUAUGAACCCAUAAAGGAGCUCAAUGACAAAUAUCCAGCAUGGCUGGAGACUAACAGAGAGAAGCUUAGCGCCGAAGAACAUGACAAUUACUCCAAGCAAUACGAUAUAUGUUCUCUGAUUGUUACGAAAUUCGAUGACCCCCAAUACGACGAGACAGACGAGGCUACUAAGGAAUUUAUAGCAACCAAACUGGAGGAGAUGCAAGAACUGGGGAUGCCUCCAUCUGAGCUCAUGAAUCAAGACCUAAGCAUGCUUCCAGGGUUCGGUGGCUCUGGAACUGAAGGUGUGUUGCCUGAGUUACCUAAGGAAUUGGAUGAUACAUGUCAGCAGCAGUGA